AUUUAAUGAAAAAAAUGCCGACUGAAGAAAAACGCGAAAAUGAUUCACAUGAAUCAGUAAAUAAAGAUGUUAAGACUUUGGAGAGAAGAGUUGUUAGAAAAUGCGAUCUUUAUGUGCUACCGAUAUUGGCUAUGACAUAUUUGCUGGGUAUCGUCGAUCUUUCAAACAUAGGAAACGCCAUCGUAGCAGGAUACGAUUACAAUUACCUUAAGACCACUCCUUUUUAUUUUACUCUUGCCAUAUCUGCACAUUUCAUCGGUUAUAUGAUAUUUGAAAUCCCUUCAAACUGGGUAACAAGGAUUUUAGGAUUCCAUGUCUGGAUGCCAAUUAUAAUGGUGUGUUGGACAGCAAUGUCUAUGAGUCAAGCUGCAUGUACAACCGUGGUUCAGUUAGGCAUC